AUGCUGCUAGCGUGGCUGGCGCUGCCCACCGCCUCUUCUCUGCGACUUGUCAAUGUGGCGUUUACCGAUCCCGGGCCUUUCCGCCGCGCGCUAUGUGGUCUUCGCCAUCUAAAGCUCGUGCGUGUUCCUACCCUUCUGGGCGACGCUAGCGAUGACGCGCCGCGCUUGUCUGCGCUCGAAUCGCUCGUCGCCACCGAUAUCCGACUGCCCAGCGUACACAGGCUACUUUGCCAGCUUCGUGCAGACACGCUCACACGCCUCCAUCUCAACGGUGCAAACGACUGGUCGCCGCUGCUCGCUGCACUCGGUGGCCUCGUCGAGCUCGACCUCCAAGGCGGGACCAUGGCCACCCUCAAGCAGGUAGAGCCACUGGCGCGCGUACCACAUCUGCGAGCGUUGAAACUAUCGCAAGUCCACGUGCACGACAAGGACGCACCAACACUCGUGGCGUGGCUCGCUACCGCCGAGGCGCUGCGAGAGCUGCACUGGACGACGAGCGGCCUCGCGGUGCACGGCCCCGUGGCGCUGGCCCACGCGCUGCCUCGCUGGUUGCGCCUCGGCUUGCAUACGCUGAAUCUCGCCACCAAUUUCAUCGGCGACGACGCGGCGCAGGUCCUCUCGAUGGCGAUUGCCAAAGGCGGCCACACCCAUAACGUCGCUUUGGAUUUGAGUGCCAAUGCGUUCAAACUGCCGGGUCUCCGCGCGCUGCUUCUGGCGCUGAGUGCCAGCGUGAACGUGUCGAUCCGGCUCAACAAGCUCCAGCUCAUGCGUCGGCACAUCGAGGAACUCGAUGCGUUCGCUGCCGUCCACAAGAUCCAGUGUGACUCGACGACACGAGUGUACUCGGCGCCUCCUGCCGAUGCGACACCAUGGCGGCUCUGAUCGCAUGCUUGAUCGCGGUAGAGA